AUGACUAACCAAGAGGCUGAUCACUCAAUGAAGAAAGCUUUCGCUGCAAUGGGAGGCAUGUCAGAAAAUGAGUCUGAAGAUGAGGAAACUGAAAAUCAAUCCCUACUUGCAAUCGAACAAACUGACAAAUAUCACUUCCUUGCACUAGUAGCCAUAACUAAACCUGAAGAUAAGGAAAAUAAUUGUCAGAUACAGGAGACAAUUCAAGCAUUAAUGGUUGGGUUAGAUUCUGAAGAAGAAGAAGAGGACAAGAAAGACCAGGUUAGUCUGCAUUACAUUAAAGAAAAUCUUGACUCUUAUUCAAAAAGAAAACUAGAAUCUCUAUUGCAUACUCUCAUAAAUGCAUACCAAUCAACCUGUUCUGAAAGAGAUCUGCUAAUGGAAGACUAUUCAUCAUUGAGAGAGGAAAAUGAAAACUUAGAACAACAAAAUUGUAUUCUUUAUAAUAAGCUAAAAGAAUUGAACAAAGAGUUUAAAUCCAUAACUGUAAAAAAUGAAGAACUACAGAAAACACUUCACAUUACCAAAAUGGAAACAGAACACGGUAUGAGAUGGACCAGGUCCUUCAUACUACUCGAUAGAAUCCAAAAGAGUCAAUCUUCCACAAGAAAUGGAAUAGGCUUUUCUGAAGCUAAGAAUCCCAACAUAGAUUGUUUGUGUUCCCACUAG